CUUAGUUUUAUCAUAGUUCACUACUAAAUAUCACAUUUGAACAAAGUUUGAACAAUGGAUUCAAAAAAGGCAAUCCUCAUGCUAGGCCUCUUGGCUAUGGCUCUUAUUUCCUCAGUGAUGUCUGCUAGGGAAUUAACUGAAACUUCCACUGAUGCCAAAAAGGAAGUUGUUGAAAAGACUAAUGAAGUAAACGAUGCCAAAUAUGGAGGCUACAACCAUGGUGGUUAUAACCACGGUGGUGGUUACAAUGGUGGAGGUUAUAACCACGGUGGUGGUUACCACAACGGUGGUGGUGGUUACCACAACGGUGGAGGUGGUUACAACCAUGGUGGAGGUGGUUACAAUGGUGGUGGAGGCCACGGAGGUCACGGUGGUUACAAUGGUGGAGGAGGUCAUGGUGGUUACAAUGGUGGAGGAGGUCAUGGUGGUCACGGUGCUGCUGAAUCUGUUGCCGUGCAAACUGAGGAAAAGACUAAUGAAGUAAAUGAUGCCAAAUAUGGUGGUGGUAGUUACAACCAUGGUGGAAGUUACAACCAUGGUGGAGGUAGUUACAACCAUGGAGGAGGUAGUUACCACCACGGUGGAGGUGGUUACAACCACGGUGGAGGUGGACACGGAGGACACGGUGGAGGUGGUCACGGUGGUCACGGUGCCGAGCAAACUGAGGACAAAACUCAAAACUGAUCAUAAUGAUAUCUAUCUUCAUGCACCAUGCACUCUUUCUCAGUAAUAUAUUUCAUGAAUAAAAAUAAUGUUGUGUGUUGAUAUAAUGGUGUAUUUAUCUAUCUUGCCACUAUAUAGUAUAGAUAGAUAUUUCUUCGGGAGAAAUCAUGUAUAAAUUUGCAUCAGACUAUGUAUUUGUAAUGAUGAUAAGCUUUUCCAAAAAAUGAUGAAUGUGUUAUCUUGUCUUAUUA